AGGAGAAUCCCGUUUCACCCUAUCGUUCUCGUUCUUCUUCUAGGGUUCUUUCGCUCCCCUUUGAUCAUCGUGUUCCUCCCAGCUUCCAAGGCGACAGCUGCCACCGAUCUCCGAAGGAAAUUGGUUGGUUCUGUCAGGAAGUGAGUGAAAGCUUAUCACCCAUUCAUAUGGAAGAGUCAAUACUUUAAAAGUGCUGUUUAACUGUGGUAUUUCGUAUUGGAAGGUAAAGGUGAAAAUGGCAGAGGAGCCUUCAGUAGUCCUGUUUCAGCUUGGAAUGACCAGAGAUGGAGAGCGCGAUACUGCAGAUAAGUUUAAAUCUAGCUGGUAUUUCAGUAGAGAAGAGAUUGAGAAUAACUCCCCCUCACGGAAAGAUGGAAUUGACGCAAGGAAGGAAUCGCAACUGCGGAUGUUAUAUUGUUCAUUCCUCCGUGAUGUUGGCAUGAGACUUGGACUACCACAGAUCACAAUUGCAACGGCAAUCAUGUUUUGCCAUCGCUUUUAUCUCCACCAGUCACAUGCAAAGAAUGAAUGGCAGACCAUUGCAAUGGUUUGCAUGUUUCUUGCUUCCAAGGUCGAGGAUACACCACGUGGAUUGGACAAGGUUGUCAUAGUAGCAUAUGAGACCAUGUGCAGAAGGGAUCCUUCUGCUGCUCAGAAAAUUCAUCGGAAGGAAGUUUUUGAGAAGCAGAAGACACUAAUUUUAAUUGGGGAGAGGCUGCUACUUUCAACAAUUCGGUUUGAUUUCAAUAUUCAACACCCCUACAAACCACUUCUUGAUGCUUUAAAGAAACUGGAGAUCACUCGUAAGGAUGUGAGACAAGUAGCAUGGAACUUUGUGAAUGAUUGGCUUCGGACUACAAUGUGCCUGCAAUAUAAGCCCCAUUAUAUUGCUGCUGGCUCCCUUUUCCUUGCUGCUAAGCUUCACAAUGUCAGACUUGCAACCGAAAGGGGUCAUGUUUGGUGGCAUGAGUUUGAUGUCGCCCCACAACAGUUAGAAGAGGUUAUUCAGCGGAUGACACUGCUACUGGGUUACAAGAGCAGACCCAUGGUGACUCGUGCACUUGAGAAGCCGAUCCAUACCCCACUGGCAGCAAAGGAAGAGGUCUCCAGCAGUCCAGACUCUGUUUUGAUUAUGCCUGAUUCAUGCAGAAGCAGCUCAAGCCAAGACUUUGAUGGAGAGGUUGGCAGGCAUAGGCCUGUGGGUUCCAUCAAUCGCAUGAUCGCCAAAUGCUCGAGUGCAGAUGGAGAAUGCUCAUGUGUGGAUGGGAGAACAGAGCUGCAAUGCCAGUCGAGAGAAUCUGAAAGCCCAAUUGGUGUUUCUAAGGAUGGUGAGAGAUUGGGGAUGGACUUGGAUCAAGCAAGGCUGGAGCCACACCAUGUUGUUAAUGGGCUUAGUAAAAUCGACAUAGAGCUGCGAUGCCAGCCAAGAGAAACUGAAAGCCUAAGUAGUGUUGCUAAGGAUGGUGAGGAAUCAGGGAGAGACUUGGACCCAUUUAGCGUUGCUAAGGAUGGUGAGAGAUCGGGGAAGGAAUUGGACCAAGUAAGGAUGGAGCCACACCAUGAUGUUCGUGGGCUUGGCCAAAUAGACAUGGAGCUUCAAUGCCAGCGAAGAGAAUCUGAAGGCCAAAGUAUUGUUGCUGAGGAUGGCGAGACAUCAGGGAGAGACUUGGACCAAGCAAUCACUGAGUCCCGCCAUGUGGUCAAUGGGCUUGGUAAGACAGACAUUGACAGAAUCAAGGCAAAGAUAAAGAGAAGGAAGAUGGAGAGAGGAAGUAGUAAGUGUGCGGUGGCUGUGGAUGACUCUAGUGAUGAUGCCUGGAUGGAGAAGAAUCUGGAAUUUGGAUUAGAUGUAGACAGGAUCAAGGCUAUGAUAAAGAGAAGGAAGAAGGACAGAGAAACUAGUAAGUGGACCGCGUCUGUGGAUGACUUCAGUGAAGAAGCCUGGAUUCAGAAGGAGCUAGAAAUUGGGAUAGAGCUUGGAGCUGAAUCUGCUGCGAAUAAACAAAGGUUGACAUGAUGCAAUAAAGUGAUAGCUACUCCAGCAGACCAUAGACUGGCUCUGGAAUUCCAUCACGCAGACAUUCUCAUCUGACCUGCUGAUGUGGUAGGUCACUGUAGGGGAACCAUUUCUCCUAAUCUUAUACAACAUACCGGAGAAGUCUGACCUAUUUCCCUUUUUAAUUUGCCCCAAAUGUAUUAAUCAUUAUAUUCAAUUGCUGCGGUAAUACAUUCCUGUCCUGUAUGUUCCAUUUUAAGUUUUCCAACGCAGUCUGACUCUAUGUUACCAUUAUCAAGUUCUGUAAACCUCGACAAUGUUUAGCUGAAAAAUAUUCUUGUUGAGAGGUCAUUAGUAAAGCUUGUGUUUUGGGAACGAGUACA